AUGGUGGCCUUCUCUCGGAUGAUCCAGCGUCCGCUGAAUCAACUGUUCGUCAAUUUCCGAGGAGAGGAAAUUCGCCAUGGCUUCCUCAGCCGCCUAGCUGCUGCCCUUGAACGUCGCGGGAUAAAUUUCUUCAUUGACAGAGACGAACAAAAGGGAAAAGACCUAAAACACCUCUUCAAAAGGAUCGGUGAGUCACAUAUUGCAUUAGCAAUCUUCUCCAAAAGAUAUGCACAGUCUCGAUGGUGCUUAAACGAACUGGCAGAGAUGAACAGGCUUGCAUACAAUAAUCAACUAAAAGUGGUUCCAAUCUUCUACAAGGUGAGAGUAGAUGAUGUGAGGCGCCAGAAGGGAGAGUUUGGUCGAAACUUCUGGAAGCUGGCAAUGACUUCAAGUGGUGAGGAGAUCAAGAACUGGAAGGAAGCUUUGGAGUCUGUCUCCAACAAGAUGGGCUUGAAGUUAUGUGACAAGAGCUCAGAGGCGGAUUUCAUCAAAGAAAUUAUUGAGGAGCUGGAGAGAGUACGAAGCAGAAUCCCAAGAGAAGAGAUGAAAGAUUACAUCAUAUAG